GGCGGCUGAGCGGGAGUCGCUGCGUGAGCAUGGCGGAGGCUUAUUUCCCGGUGGGCCCCGGGUUGGGCCCCGAGGAGAACUUCUUAUCGCUGGACGACAUCCUCAUGUCGCAGGAGAAGCUGCCCGGCCGCGCCGAGAGCAACCUGCCCCGCCUGGCUUUCGCGCUGGGCCAGGGGUCCGGCGCGGGCUCGGGGGACUCCAUCCCUGAGGGCUCAAAGCUGGAGAUCCCGAUGUGGCUGGCCAAGGGACUGCACGACAGCAAGAGGAGGCUGAUCUCUGUGGAGCUGCCAAAGAUCUACAAGGAGGCCUGGAGGACAGUGUUCAGUGCUGAUGCCAAUGUGGUCGAUUUGCAUAAAAUGGGGCCAUACUACUAUGGAUUCGGCUCCCAGCUCCUGAACUUCGACAACCCAGAGAACCCUGAGAUAGCUCAGUGUAUCCUGCAGGUGACGUGGCCAGGAACUGUUUUCCUGCAGUCAGGUGCAGUCAGCUGUCUAACUUAUCCCACGAGUAGUAGCAGUUUGCUGAAGCCAUGGCAGAGACACUUCCAGCCUGAUAAAAGCUACUGAUUUUCUGGAAUGUUUUAUUCUGUUGGGAAGCACUUCGUUGCUACUGCAGUCACCCACGGCUGUUGUUAAGCCUUCAGGAUAGCUGACAAAAGAAUGCUCUGUAAUUUUUAUGAACACACUGUCCUUUAUGAUUGCACAGCAGCAAGCUGUGUCAGAGGAAUUUGAACUCCUGUAUUAUCAGAAUGGCACAAUAGAUUACAGAACUGUACAAAAGAGGUACAAAAAGAACUUCUAAGUGUCACUGCUCCCCAUGUUCCUCAUCUUUCACACUGCAGGACUACUGAUGUUUAUGAGAAAGCAGUCCAUAGAUAUAUUAUACAGUAUCGCUACAAAGUCUUCCAUUACAACCAAAAAUAUUCACAAAAAUAAGUGAAACUGGGGAUGCUGGUUAGUUAUGUGUUCACAUUAAAGCCCAAAGGAACAUUCUUGUGACAUUUUUUUCUAAGAAACCCACAGGAUGGCUUGGUGCAGUCCUUCCCCAAAGGUGAGAGUUAGUCUUCUUUGACCCAUCUCAGGGCAACGUUUGUCUGAAUAGCUCCUCAAAAACUGUUCCUGCUGGGUAGCCUCCCUGGGUGCUCUGCUCCAGUGCCAGGCUGUGGUGUGUGACAAACAGGGAGCUUGUGUGCACCAAUGCAGCAGAAGAUGGAGUCACUUCCAUUUCCUAGCAGUGAGCUGUCACAUUGGUCAGUGAAACUGAAAAGCUUUCCUCACCUGAAUUUCACAUGAACUUCUAGCACCCCAGGCUUCUUAUUUUGCUCCAUGUACUCUUCCAAGCACAUGAGGCAGCUGUGGGUGUUUGAGGCCCAGUUAAACACAAAGAGCUUUGCAAUCACCCAUGCACAAACUCAGCUAUCCAAACCGCUUUUUCACAGAAGUUCUGCUUUACUCCUUUGAUUUUCUUUGCCAUAAAUGAGGUCUCAUUUUGUUCUCUGGCCUUGGUUUACUUUUGGUCAGCAGAAAAAAAAGCUGUUGAUUGCUUCUGCAAGCCAGGAAACUACAGGCAUAGUCAUUCAGACCAGCAGCAUCCAGGAGAGGUGGCAGUAAGGAAUGUUUUGAAAACUGACAUACUGUAACACCAUGUGCUACUUGUACCAGAGAGACAAUAGCAUCUAACUGAAUUGAAGAGCACAAGCAUUUCCAGUUUUGAUCAGUGUAAUGGGAUGGAAAGCAUAGUAAUGACAUCACAGUAGUGAAGUCCUACACCACAGCAGGUGAGGAUAUGCCCAAAUGUGGUAGCCAUAGGCACAGAAGGAAGAAGAAUAAAAAUAAAACCAAAACAAAACAAAACCUGCUUACCCUUAGAAGACCUCCAGCUGGCAGGAACCUCUAGAGAGAUCUCCUUACCUCCACUGCCAGCCCUUAAAUGAAGUCUGGGAAGGGGAGGAGCCAGAAUCUGGUCAUUCAGGUACAUUGCACGCACCUGAGCUCCCCUGGGUUGGCCCUGCCUUCCCACCAGGUGCUCAAUCACUGCGUCAGGCUGUGACUCAGCAUUUCUGCUGCAAUCAGUGAUCUUCUAGCCAUUUUUGGUGACCAGCUGUUAGAAGAACUUCAUUCAAAGUGUUAAUUGACCCAACGGCUGAACAGAGAUGUGAUGUAAUCCAGCAGCGGGACAGUGGUGUAUGCUUUCUUUACAUAGAGCUGCUUCUGUACCCAAAUGUGCUGUUUAUAAAAACACAUUGUCUGGUA